AUGCCGGGCACUAAGCGAAAGCACUCCGAUGAUGACGGCCUGUCGGUUGACGACUUCGUGGGAACUGCAGAGACAACCAUUAUCACAACCAAUCCCGAUGCUUGUGCCGCUGUCGUUCGUGCCUUUGCUGGCGCCGAGAGUUUCUCGAUCUAUUCGAAUGUUUUCGAAGCAUCAUUGACCACUUCCGGCAGUCACGAUGUCGUUUCCAAGGGCUGGGAUAUGAUCAAGCUCACUACAAAGAAGGAGGAGUCUGAGGACACUGGUGGAGAGGACAGUGACACCUCAGAGUCUUGA